AUGGACAAUGACACCACUCCUGAUAUGUCGGACUUACAGGCCUACGCCGGGCCUAGUACCACUAGCGACAGAGUCAAGAACGUGCUGGAAAUGUUUUUCUGCCAGCAGAUUAUCUGGUGGCCGUUGGCAGAACCCAUUCGUCCCCUAAAGUCCGGUAUGACUCGCUACGUGGUCAAAUGUACGGAUCAGUGUACCGACUACAUUGACUUACCAAUCCUAUCUGAGCGUCCUGUUAUGCCUUUCCCGCGGCAUCAAGUCUCUCAACGUCGUCGGACUGUCUUGCACACUUCCACAUUAUCGACGGAUCCAAGGGCCGGCGAGACAGCAAUCGGCCCGGGGCCGUCAAGUAGCCUGCAAAGCCCUCCACUGGCUCGUAGUUCUAGGCUCACCGCGACCGGACAGACUCCAGCAACCAAUUCUGCCACAUCACAUCAGAUCAUAUCAAUUGCUCCCGGCAAGAAGGCCCAAAAACCUGGAUCGUGGAUAUAUUGGUGCGUUACAGGCCGCGACAAGAACUACAAAGUUGUCGACAUAAAUGCUGCAAAGACAGUCUCUACACCUCAAACACAGCAGACCUUGAUUACCGCCGCCGAACUAUCGAGGCAGCUACUCUUCCAUUACCGCAAGCACACCAGAUGGCUUGUCCGCUUAAUGACCAUCUCUUGGUGCGCCUCAGGGAUUUUGAGCGAGUUCAUCUACAUCGGAGUCGGGGCGAACGACGACAUCACUCCCACUGCCAUCUGUCGGCCCUCGAAGGAACCGCCGACUCUCCCUGAUGCACUGGAGUACGAUUACGAGAAAUUCUCUCACACUCCCGGGUUCGACGUCCAGAAAGCCUACUUGCAGGGUGCGAUUAGGCAUUAUAUGGUCGAACAUGUUCGCUUCCAGUGGCCACGGCGCUUUGGUGACCCCAUAACCUGCACACCUGAUGAUAACGGCCUCUGUGACAUGGCCAAGUUUGUUGAUCGGAUACCCAAGAAAUCUCCGUUGAGCGUGCCCAAAGCCCAGGGUGAAGGCGCGUACUGUCUUGAGGCGCGUACCGAGUUAUCCUUUUUCAAGGCUGUGUGUUUGCUCUUUCUUAGCACUUUAGGGUGUGUGAUAUUUGCUAUUGUGUAUAUGAAACAGCACCCGGAUGACUGGGAGAAGGGGGUGGUUCCGCUUACACUGGUGCUGGCUGGCGUGCCUGUAUAUCUGGGAUUGAUCGUGCUAUGGAAGGCCAAUGUCAGCUAA